UGACAAGGGAUCUCAGAGCAGGCAGGUUGUUAAGGGGAAAUGGCUGGUUUCCUCUCAGACCUGGUUCAAUACCGGAAAGUAUUGCUGAUGAUUAUGGUGCUGGGAAUUGGUGGAACCCACCUAUCUGGUUUUCAAAUGUCUGUGAUCAAUUAUACUUCUCCGUACAUUCAGAAGUUUAUCAAUGAAACUUGGCUGGAGAGAUACGGUUCUGUGCUGCAUCAGGAGACACUCACAUUGUUGUGGUCCUUCAUUGUGUCUAUGUACUGUGUGGGUGGAAUGAUAGGGUGUCUGUGUAGUGGGUACCUGGCUGCAAAAUAUGGAAAGAAGAAAAGUCUGCUGUUCAACGACGUGGUCCUAAUAAUAGCCACACUGCAUACUGGCUUCAGCAGGCGAGCCAAGUCUUUUGAGAUGAUCCUGAUUGGGCGCUUCCUCGAGGGCAUCGGUGCUGGAAUCCAUAUGGGUGCCCAUGUUCAGUAUGCUGGAGAGAUCUCACCUAAGAAGUUGCGUGGGUUUGUAAAUGUGACCUGCUCUGUGUUUCUUGCACUAGGAAAAGCUGUGGCAAGGAUUCUUGGAUUAAGAGAUCUUUUAGGGACUGAAGACAUGUGGAAUGUGCUAUUGUCCUUCUCUGGGUUGGUGGCAUUGAUUCAACUGCUCUUUUUGCCGUUCUUUCCUGAGUCCCCUCCCUAUCUCUUGCUGCAAAAAGGAGACAAGGCUGGCUGCUUGAAAGCCAUGAAGCAACUCUGGGGAGAAGGGAAUUAUCAAUCUGAAUUUGAUGACCUGAUGAAGGAAAAGGCUGUAACAAAAGGCACCAAAAUCCUGAAUGUCCUGGAGGUGCUGAAAGAACCAUCUGUGUACCCGCAGCUGAGUACCAUGCUCCUCCUUUUACUGAGCCUGCAGCUCUGUGGCCUGAGUGCAAUCACCUUUUACACCUCAGAAAUUUUUCAGACAGCCAACCUGCAGGAAAGCAUAAUCCCAUAUGUAUCUCUAGGAGUUGCGGUCUCUGAGCUCACCUCUAUCAUCCUCUGUAGCUCCAUUAUUGAUCGUUUUGGACGUCGGAUACUCUUGUGGGGUGGUUAUUUGCUGAUGGCUCUGAUACUGGUGUUGCUGGAAACAAGCCUGCUACUGAGCGAUCGUUUCCCCUGGAUGCGUUACUGCAGUGUUGUACUCAUCUUUUUAUUCAUCAUUGCCUAUGGGAUUGGACCUGCUGGAGCAGUCACAUCUGUCAUGAAUGAAAUCUUCACCCUCUCAACAAGGGCCUCUGCUUUUGUAAUUGGUGGAAUCGUCAUUUGGCUGGGCCUCACUUUCACUGGAAUGAUUUUCCCCUUUGCUGUCAUGCUUCUUGGACCUUUUUGUUUCCUUAUCUUUAUUGCUGUCCUGGUUACUUCAGCGAUUCUCAUCUACCUGUUCCUCCCAGAAACAAAAGGGAAGUCAACCUCUGAAAUCACAGAAGAAUUCAAAACACGCCAAUUUAAGAAGAAACGUCACCAGAGUGUGGAGAAGAAUGCUAAUGAAGAAAAGACAUUCUGCACCAAGCUCUGA